AUGCUGCUGCCCCUGGCCUGCCUGCACGGCCGGGUGGCGCAGUGCCUCACGGCGCUCCUGGUGCUCGCCGAGCCGCCCCCCCGGCCCCGGCCCCGGCCCCGGCCCCGACCCCGGCGCGGCGCGAGGGUGCACGGGGCGCCGCCGACGCGCGCGGAGGCCGCCCUGCCCGCGAAGAUGGCCGCGGAGCUGUACCCCGCCGCCGCCGCCGCCGCCGCCACGGACAUCGCCAACAGCAACGCCAACGCCGCCGCCGCCGCCGCCGCCGGCAGGAAGGGCCCGCCCAGCGCCCCGCCGCCCGCCCCGCCGCCGCCCGCGCCCGCGCCCCCCGCGCCCGACAACAACAACUUGGAGAGCCCCAACUGGCAGUCCUUCCACCCGACCCUGCGCGAGAGGAACGCGCUCAUGUUCAACAACGAGCUCAUGGCCGACGUGCACUUCAUCGUGGGGCCCCCGGGAGCCGCCCGCAGGGUGCCCGCGCACAAGUACGUCCUGGCCGUCGGUAGCUCCGUCUUCUAUGCCAUGUUCUACGGCGACUUGGCAGAAGUCAAGUCGGAGAUCCACAUCCCCGACGUGGAGCCUGCGGCCUUCCUGAUCCUGCUGAGGUACAUGUACAGUGACGAGAUUGACCUGGAGGCCGACACGGUGCUGGCCACUCUCUACGCCGCCAAGAAGUACAUCGUCCCCGCGCUAGCAAAAGCCUGUGUCAACUUCCUGGAGACGAGCCUGGAAGCCAAGAACGCCUGUGUCCUGCUGUCCCAGAGCCGGCUGUUUGAGGAGCCGGAGCUGACCCAGCGCUGCUGGGAGGUCAUUGAUGCUCAGGCCGAGAUGGCCCUGAGAUCUGAAGGCUUCUGCGAAAUCGACUGGCAGACUCUGGAAAUCAUCGUGACGCGGGAGGCCCUCAACGCCAAGGAGGCAGUGGUCUUCGAGGCCGUCCUGAACUGGGCUGAAGCCGAGUGCAAGAGGCAGGGCCUGCCGGUCACCCCACGCAACAAGAGGCACGUUUUGGGGCCUGCCCUCUAUCUGGUCCGAAUUCCAACCAUGACCCUGGAGGAGUUUGCCAACGGCGCAGCCCAGUCGGACAUCCUGACCCUGGAGGAGACCCACGACAUCUUCCUAUGGUACACGGCAUCCAACAAGCCCCUCCUCAACUUCCCCCUGACCAAGAGGAAGGGCCUUGCCCCGCAGCGGUGCCACCGGUUCCAGUCUUCUGCCUACCGCAGCAACCAGUGGCGCUACCGUGGGCGCUGUGACAGCAUCCAGUUUGCCGUGGACAGGAGGGUGUUUGUUGCAGGGCUGGGCCUGUACGGGUCCAGCUCCGGGAAAGCCGAGUACAGCGUGAAGAUCGAACUCAAACGGCUGGGGGUGGUCCUGGCUCAGAACCUGACCAAGUUUGUGUCGGACGGCUCCAGCAACACCUUCUCGGUGUGGUUUGAACACCCCGUGCAGGUCGAGCAGGACACCUUCUACACAGCCAGUGCCGUCCUGGAUGGCAGCGAGCUCAGCUAUUUCGGGCAGGAAGGCAUGACGGAAGUACAGUGUGGGAAGGUGACCUUCCAGUUCCAGUGCUCCUCGGACAGCACCAACGGGACCGGGGUCCAGGGUGGGCAGAUCCCCGAGCUCAUCUUCUAUGCCUGAGGGGCCCUGGGCUGGCGUGGAUGCCCUGCCCUCUGCUGGGCACCAUGAGGAGGCCUUUCUCUGCAGCUGGUCCGGCCGGGAAGGGAAGUGCAGGACAUUGUGCUACCCGUCCCCCAGCUGGCUGCCUUCCUGACCCCAUUAAAGGCUUCGCCAACUUUGUACUUC